UGUAAUAUUAAAAUGUAAAACUAUAUUUUAUGCCACGUGUCAUCUUUCGAGAGAAGUUUUUUUUGCUGAUGUGGACGCUCUAUGGAGCCUCAAAAGGUCCCUUUUAUUAGUAGAGAUUGAGUUUGGAAAGUAGAAACCCUAAAGCCUGUUAAACAACAAAUCUCUUUGCCAAUUGGUUUCUACUUUUUGCUCUCUCAAGUCUCAACUUCAAACACAAGAAACCACGCGAGAACCAACUUGCAGACAAACUACUUUGUGAAUCUCUGUUCUAUCAUGGAACCGAAAGCUCCGCCGUUAACUCCGAAGCUCCGUCUGCUCUGUAGCUACGGUGGCCGGAUAAUGCCCAUACCGCCGUCAAACUCCCUAGAAUACAUCGGAGGCGAAACCCGCAUCGUCGCCGUUCCCCGUGACAUCUCCUUUUCCGCUUUCUUCCAGCUUCUCUCGGGCAAGCUUCUCCAUGGCCGCUCCUUCUCCCUCAAGUACAGACUCCCCAGCUGCGACCUAGACUCUCUCAUCACCGUCAAUGACAACGAAGAUCUACAAAACAUGAUCGCAGAGUAUGACUCAGCUAGUCCCCAGCGUAUCCGUCUCUUCCUCUUCCCGUCAAACUACCCCGAAUCAGCAUCAACUCGACAUCCUCUCUCGGUUAACUUGCUUGGACUCGAACCGCCUAUACAGAAAAUAAUCUACACCUCUUCGUCUUCCGUUGUUCCCUUCCCGAUAUUCCCGCAAAAUAAUUGUACGGCGAAGCAGCGUGUGGAUCACGUCAAAUUCCAUGCAACGUCGGACGAGGAUCCUAUAACUUCAGCCUCUUUGAACACCGGAGUUUCGGAUAAAGAAACUGAGAGAGAAGAGAUUCAAGAUCAACCACGGAGAAUAGUUAUCCAAGAGCCUUUGCAGCAGCAGCAUCAAUUUUUACCGAUAUUCUACUUACCGGUCUUGCCGAUGCCGCCACAUAUGGUGACUCGUUCAGUGAAUGGUUACGCCUUGUCUCCGGCCAUGGAAUAUUCUACUGGAGCAGAUCCAGUGCUGGAAAAUAAGGAGACGGCGACCUGAGUGGAGUUUCUUCCAUGUCAAGUAAGCUAAUCCAUUUGAGUUUAGGAAUUAACCUUUUAAAUUAGGAUUUGACUUUUGUUAUAGAAUACGAGUAAUGGACAUGUGAACCGAUAUCUUUUGGACUGAUGUGGUUUGUAUCGGAUUUUGAUAAAAGCUAUUAAAUACUUGGGUGGGUUAAUCACUGGAUGUAGAUUUCUAGUUUGAAUGCUUGAAUUUUAUUUACAUAUUCAACUAUAAUAGUUAUGAGUAAUAGUUUUGGCAUUGUUUUAAGAACAAUUUUCUCAAAUAUUAUUUUUUUAAAGUUUUUGUCACAAAAAUAACAUUCAAAGAGGAAAAUAACCAAAAUGAUCUUUUUAUUUUGGAAAUUUUAAUUUUUAACUUUUUAAAUUUAAAACUCUAUCCUUAAAACUCCACCUUUUAACUCUAAACUCUAGUCUAGAUUAGUUAACCCUAGAGUAUAAAUGUAUUUUUACCUUUUAAUAAAAAAAACUUGGUCAUUUUCUUCUUUGAAAACUAUUUUUUGUGAAAAUAAACUAAAAAAAUUAUCAUAGAAAAUUUCUCUUUUUCACUCUAUUUGAUUAUAUUAAUGAAGCAACAAUUACAUUAAACUUCGGAAACAGAAAUAACCACAACGAAAAACAGAGAUCAUAAUAUCACAUACAACCUCCAUAAGAGGCUUGAGUUGGUGAAGAUCUAUGAUAAUGCUAUUCACAACUUGAUUAGAAGUUUUCAUAAGGUCAUAAAAAUCAUACGCACGACCGCAACCACCACUCCGCUGCAACCUUAGCAUGCAAUUGCCAUGUCCAGUCGUCGCGAAAGGGUACAAUGCAUUCAAUCACCUUUAGAAGUGGUUAAAAGUUGUCUUUUAGAGUUCUCGUUAAAGAUAAUGACAAUCAAAGUGGAGAGGUGGUCAUCAAUGUGGACAGUGGCGGACCUAGAGAUUGACUUUAGUGGGGUUAGAUAUGUUUGAUUUUCAAAAUUUUAAGGAAGAAUGGUGCCAAUAAGUUUGAACACAGGUUUUUUGUGGUGUCAAAGAGUGCAGAACAACCACUUUUGCUGCAGAUUCUUUAAGAAACACUAUGCGAUUUUAUUUAUUUCAAUAUUUUUGGAGUGUCCUCUGACCCCACUUGGGCAUUACUGGGUCCGCCCCUGAAUGUGGAUGAAGAGGCUAAAAACCCUUUGAUCUUUGGUAGACCUUUUUUGGCUAUACUUGGAGCUAUUGUGAAUGUUAUAGAAAGGAAGAUAAACUUUCAUCUUGACAAGGGGAACAUUCUACACUUUGACAUAAAAAAAAAUGAUGAAGAAACCUUACUAUUCAAGGUGAAGUGUCAGAGAAUAUGAAAAUUGCCAACUCUUCCAAAACUACCAAAACUAACGAUAAAUCAUAAAAAGAAACAACCACCAAAGCCAACAAAAUUUAGGGUUUAUCAGAGCUUGGAAGAAACAUGCACAUGGAGAAAUUUAUUAGCUUUCCUAAGAUUACUCCAUUUGCUCUUUUUUUCGAAACACUACUCCAUUUGCUAUUUUAAAGGAAAAAAAAAUACUAAAAGUGAAAUUUGAGUUAAGAGGGGACGAUGAAAUGAGUUGAGAGCGGGUACAAUGAAAGUUGUUUCUUCUUUGUGUUAUAGAAACACUAUAAAUAUUUACACUAGGAGAAACUUUGUUAGAAUCAUUGAUUUAUUAAUUUACAUCUAAAAUAUGACCUUUAAACAUUCUAAGAUUAACAAUUAGAAAUAUAUAUUAAAAAUACACAUGUGAGCUCAUACUCUAUACCAUGAUGUUCCACAUCAUCCUAGUAUAUUGGCGAUUAUAUUAUUAAACUGAAAUAUUUGUUAUCUCGUAGAAUUUACUUUGAAGAAGUCCAAUAAAACCAAUUAGAAUUAUUAUGUUAAUCGUAUCUACUGAUCUCAGGCCUAACUGUAUUGUUCAUCACUGGGUCUAAUACCAGAAACUAAUCUGCAUGCUUAACUGGUAUAAAAGGCAAGAUUUCAAAGGCUUAUAAGACAAAUCUGAGAUCUCUCUGACCAGAAACACAUGGCCUUUAUCAGUUAUCACAUUGUUCCUUCAACAAGUCCUAAAAGCUUUAUAACCUGAAGAAGAUCAUAUUGCCUUGUGGUAGGGUAACAAAUCGUCUUCCUUCUUUAACACUUCUUCAGCAGGGCCGGUUUAGAUAGAGGGGCGAGCAGUGCGACCGUCCCAGAUCCAAUCUGUUGUCCCCUUAUUUUUUAAUAGAUAAAAGUCUCAUUUUUUUAAAAAAUACAUGUAUUUUUAUAUUAAAAAUAAAAAAAAUGAUUCAAUUUUUUUUAUAUAAAAGUAUUUUUUUUCGUAGAUUUAUUUUUAAAAAUAUUUCUGGUAAAAACAUACAAAUACCAUUGAGCUGACCCUGUUCUUCAAAAUAUUUUUAAAGAAAAUUAAUAGUAGUUUGAAAAUUAAAUUUUUUGGUAAAAACAUACAAAUAUUUCUGGUAAGAACAUACAAAUAUUUCUGGUAAAAAUGAUUCAAAAUAUUUCUAAAGAAAACU